AUGUUCAUAUCCUUAUCCUACACAACACACACGAUAAUUUCAAUAUCGUUACAUGUGUUUGGAGUCGUGGUUGGGCUGUUUGUGUGGUAUUUGUUCCCGAAACAUCCGACGCGAUCGAUCGUCCAACUCCCAUCGGAACGAGUAGCAGUUUCUAUCGACACUCCUAUAACUACGAAAUCCGAGAAACUCAACGCAUAUUCUCCCCACGAAAAAUCUCAUAACUUUACGAAUAACAAUGAAGAGAAAGUCGCGAAACUAAUCGACAUUGACGAUCAUCAUAUGCCACAAAUCUCAGCUAUCCGCCAGUUUGGUUAA